ACCUCGAGCACAAGGCCAAUUUUCAGCACACACAAAAAAGUCGAGCCCGACCAUCAACCAUCGCGAGGGUAAGGAGCAGCCAACUUCGCUGCUAAUCGAUCAGCCGGAGUUCGACUGACUGAUUCAACAUUUUCCUCCUUUUCCUCCCCCUUCCUUUUCCCAGUUUACUCUGCCGAAAAGAUGUCAUCCUUUGAGUCAGUGGUCGUCAUCGAUGGCAAGGGCCAUCUCCUCGGCCGCCUGGCCAGUAUUGUCGCCAAGCAGCUCCUCAACGGCCAGAAGAUCGUCGUCGUCCGCUGCGAGGCCCUGAACAUCUCCGGCGAAUUCUUCCGCGCGAAGCUCAAGUAUCAUGCCUAUCUGCGCAAGAUGACCCGGUACAACCCGACCCGCGGUGGCCCCUUCCACUUCCGCGCCCCGUCCCGGAUUUUCUACAAGACCGUCCGCGGCAUGAUCCCCCACAAGACCGCUCGUGGCGCCGCUGCCCUUGAGAGACUCAAGGUCUUCGAGGGUGUCCCUCCCCCGUACGACAAGAAGAAGAAGAUGGUGGUCCCCCAGGCUCUGCGUGUCCUGAGACUCCAGCCUGGUCGCAAGUACUGCACAGUUGGCCGGUUGAGCCACGAGGUUGGCUGGAAGUACCAGGAUGUUGUUGCGAGACUAGAGGAGCGCCGCAAGGCGAAGGGCGCCGCAUACUACGAGCGCAAGAAGCUCGCCGCGAGACAGCUCUCGGAGGCCAAGAAGAGUGCCAAGGUCGGCAAGAAGACUGUGCAGGCCCUCGAGGCCUUCGGCUACUAAAGAGGGUGGCCACCACACGACCCUCUGUCCUUUUUUGCGUUUUCACUCUAGAUUGGCGCGGUUGUUCAGGGCAUCAUCAACUUCAUUUGCGUGGAAGGCGGGGAUAGGCAAUGGCUAUCUGACACACUUCGUGUCCCGGGCUCGGGACCUCAUAAAAUAAAUGAGAUCACAACCAAUGGAGAUGAGCAACGAAAGAAGGACAAAAUACCCAUUUGUCGGUCAAGCUUUGUGACAGUGCUGCGAGGUCUCUGUCAUGAUACAGGUAUCCUGA